ACAACUCAUGAUCUUUUGAAUCGUAAAUGUUGACUUACAUCAGUUGAGCUUUCGCAUAUUUUCCCUUGUCAAACAUCGCACGAAUUUUAAGUCAGGAACUGAAUUUGCCAUGGAGCUGACUUCGGUCACGAGAAGCGAGAGGGUUGUUGAAAGAAUUCUUUACACGUAUGAUGUGGCCAUUAUUGCAUGAUAGGAGAUUAACGCCUCAGUGAAAAAUAACUGGAGGAACAGAGAAAUUUUGAACGCCGCAUUAACUUGAUUACUGGACAAAAUUUCUUCCUAAGAAAGGAAUUGGUAAAAUUUUACAAUCGACGUGCUACUCUGGUUAAAGAAUGCUAUGACACUCGCUUUAGUUUCCCUGGUGCUUCUUUCCCUGACAGUCCGUAAAACACAGGCGGUUGAGUGCUUGGAGCCCGCAUCAAGAGUAAUCAGCCGCUGGAAGAAUGGGAACUACUACAAGGGCGAGAUUGAAUCAAUUACUAACAGGGUGAAUGUGCUGUUUGACAACGGAGCUCGACUGGCAUUUAACCCCAGGGAUAAUGUGGAUAUUGUUGUGGACCGUAUUCCGGAACAGAACGACCUACCUUGGGGAAGUCAGAUUCUGGUUAAUCGUCCCAAGUCUCGCGCGUUCGAGAUAGGUUACAUACGGGACAUCAAGAAUGGCCGAUACGUGAUUUUGUACGAGGAUGGAGAUAUGAUAUUGCACUCACGUGAUCAAAUACGGGCAUUUAAUAAAUCAAAAUUAUGUGAUGAACCCGCAUACUUGGGUUGUUUCCAUGACAACCUUCCGAGGGAUCUUGAGGUCUAUAUUCCCACUCACCCGGCCACCAUCGGAGCAUGCGUGGAUACGUGCAAAUGGCAAGGGUUUAGCGUUGCAGCGUUGCGUAAUUCAGAUCUGUGUUUCUGUGGAAAUGCUUACCGGAAGGCCAAUCAAGUACCAGAUGCAAAAUGUGAUAUGCCUUGUUAUGACAACUCGUUCGAAGUGUGCGGUGGAUUCAUGACUUUCUCACAGUAUUGGACGGGGAUUGUGGACUUCCCGCCCGCUGAAGGAUUUUCUGGGAUACAGAAGCAUUUUAUUCCAUCAAACCAUCCAAUCCCUUGGCAACUGCUUAUGCACGCUCGUUCAAGAUAUCCUCCUCGAAAUAUGCCUGGAUCAACGCGCGGCGCGGCCUGGUACCAAUCUUAUCCAUACAGAGGAGUGCAGCAAGAAAGUGGGUCGAGAAAUUAUUCCCCGACAUAUCAAGCUAAUCAAUUGUACCCACCAAGUAGUUAUCAAGGAUAUCAACAAUAUUAUGGAGGGAAACCAUAUACAAAUUUCAACGGGAAUCAUUUUCAACAGCCUGCUUCAGCAUAUAGUUACCAGGCAGGAGCUGCAAAUAACCAAGCAAAGGUGUACAGUGCAUACCGAGGUCAAGCAUACCGCUGGCCUUACAACUACAACAGCUACAAGUAUAGCAACUACAACGUUCAAAAGGGAGCCACGAACAGACCAUACAAUAGUUAUCAGACUACGUAUCAAAGGAGACCCGCACCCAGACCGUCGCCCCAGGAAUAUGCAAAAUUGAUGGGUAUGCUCAAAAAAGUCAGUAGGAAACUAUUCAAAGAAAUCACUGGAACAUCUAAGUUAGCGUUGGCUGCUCCUCGAUUCUUGGGUUGUUAUCAGGAUUCCGAGUCACGUGAUCUUCCCACGGAAGUUCCUGUCAAACCGCUGACCGUAGAAGGUUGUGUGGCUAAGUGUAGAGAAACUGGAUUUUCUAUCGCUGGUCUCCAGGCCUCUACGCAAUGCUUUUGCGGCACGACAUACAGCAAGUACGGGAGACUCAACAAUAAGCAAUGCUCGAUGCGUUGUACUGGAAACUACCAGGAAAUAUGCGGUGGAGUCAUGAUGAACUCCCUAUACUACACAGGCGUUGGCCAGGCCAUUCCAAAUACACCACCAUCAGUAAAACUAAGGACUCAACCGAUCACCUUCACAAAAAACACGCCUCCAAAUUCCCAUACAGAAAAUCAGUCUCAACACAAGCCAAGACCUCUAGUUCAGAAGAAGCCAUCAUCUUUUCACGGGCCUCUUUUGCCAAAACCCAAGCCUAAAAAUUCCAAAAUCAAAGAUAAAACUUCCAAUAUCAAGCCAAAGAAAAUAACACAACCGAAACAUAGAGGCGACGAAAGUAAAGGAAAGCCACUUCCGAUACAGGACUAUGCAAAGUUAACAAAGAUGCUUCAAAUGUUAUCGAGAUGGCAGCAGCCACAACCACUCAAGUUGAAGCCUGUUAGUAAAAUCACGAAGAUCAACCCAACACUUAGCUACCAGGAGCUGAGGAAAGUACUUGAAGACAUGACUCCAGAUAUUGUAAAAAAAAUUGCCAACCAAAUUAUUGCUCAUGAUCGAAACAGGACCAGACUUAGCGACAUGAAGCCCCUGUCUGCCGAGAAAAGUUUAGAGGUGCAUUUGGCGAGCAAAUUGGCAGGCAAUAAAGAUGCAGGGUUUAAAAGAGUGCAUGUGAAGAGCCCCAACUACAAGAAUUGGAGUAGCAAAGGGAAUUACAGCUAUUCACCAAAAGUAAGGAACAAACAUGAAGAUUUUGUUCUGGAGGACGAUGCUAAACCGAUAAAGUUACAUAAAAACGGUGAAACAACAGAAGCACCACCAAAAAACAUUUCAAAACAAAUUUUAUCCAAAGGAAAAGACCUGAAAGUUCUAUCGUCGGUGUCAGAAACUGGAGACAAAGAAGUCGAAGGUGAUUCAGAAACAAGUGGGGAUCAGUUUCCUGUGGAAAACAAUAAAUUAGGCAGUGAAACAGAAGAAUCUCUAAGGUACUCAACACAGAGAAUUUCUCCCGUUCAAACUGCAGAUGCAAAUACAACUCAUCGCUUACCUUCGUUUAUUCCUAUGGCCGACAAAAGAAGAAAACACAAAUUGAAACACAAAGGGAAGCAAUCUUACCUCUUAAACAGUCAACAAGAAGGAAGUAAACAACCUCAUGACCAUGAUGAUUCAAAAUCAGAUGUGAAAUCUAACAAACGGACAUUCGUGAGUUUUAUUAUAAAGGAAAGCCACGGCAAGAAAAGGAAACCCCUCAUGAAAAAAAGCGACUCUUCGCGAAAGAAUGCACAUCACAAAAAAACUGCACAUACAGCUCGUACCAAUAUCUCUAGUAUCCAAGAAAAACCAGACGCUCUAGAGAAUGCUUCGGUUCAAAAUAAAACAAACCAAAGAGCAGUUCACACUGCCCCAGAAGCAGUUUCGUCAACAAGUGAUGAAGAACCCACAGAGGAGAUUGACGAAGUCUUUGACGCAAGCGACAUAUCAAAAAAUAACAUCAUUGAGACAAAGAACAUAAAGAAAACUGGCACAAAACUUGGUACAACGACUGCUGAAAAAGUAGUAAAUAGUUCAAUUAGAACAGGAGUAAAACAGUCAAAUAAUACGCUUCUACAACAAGCAAUCAAGAUUGCAAAGAAAAAGAUCACACAUCCAUUAAUACUUCUGAAGUAUCCGGGUAUUCCACACAAAAUAUUACACGUGGAGGCCAAGUGGAAUGGCCAAUUUAAAGUUAAAGCAAACUGGAAGGAUGAGUCCGAAGCAGUAAAAAAACCUUCGAAAAAUUCUUUUGUAAAGAAAACAACGGUAAAAUUAAAGGAAAACACAUCUAAAGGCAAGGAAAGAAACAAAGGUGAUGACGAAGGAAAUGACGGUUACAAAUUCGAUGAUCGUGGCUCUCGAAAUAACCUUGUGUGGAAAAAAUAUCGAACACUGAAAAGUGAAGUACACUAACACUCAGUUGUAGAUAUGUAAAAAAAAAUGCCUGCUCAAUAUUUCCUAUUUUACACUGUUAAAAGCUGAAGAAAGACAAAUGAAAAUUUUGAGAACCAAGAAUAGCACCUGCAAGCUUUGUGCACAGGAAAUUAAUGCAGCCAAUCUUUCGAAGAGUAUAACGUGAUUGGGAAACGGAAAAGCGAAAUCCCAAGCGAUAAU